GUUCAGUAGUUUUGUUAGUUAAACGUACCAUUCCAUUCGUCUGUUGAAAGAAAAGCAAAAUAAUUGGCAAAAAAACAAUUAAAUAUCAUUUCAAGAUGAGCUACAUAAUGUAUUGUGUGGAAAUUUUAAUUAUACUAGCAAUAUUAUCAUUGAGACUAAUAAGAAGCAAAAAAUCUACAUCCGAUUUAGCUGAUAAGUUGCCAGGUCCAAAAACUUAUCCAAUUUUCGGAAAUGCUUUGAUGUUUUGGUGCAAAGACGAAGAUAUUUUUCAAAAAAUUACCGAUUGUAUAGAAAAAUAUGCUAGUCCCAUGAGAUUUUGGAAUGGAACUAAGUUAUACAUUAUUUUCAGCAAAGCAAAUCAAGUAGAGAAAAUAUUUGCUUCUACUGCGUUUUCCACAAAAGAUGAUAUUUAUAAAUUUAUCAAAUAUUAUAAUGGAGAAGGCCUAAUUUCUGGUUCAGGUCCAAAAUGGAAAAAAGAUAGACGAUUAAUGUCUCCGCUAUUUCUGAAAAGAAACAUUUUGCAAUACUUCCCCGUGAUUCUAAAGCACACUAAAAUUUUGGUUAAUAUUCUCGAAGAGAAAAUUAAUUUGCCGACAUUUGACAUUGAAUUUUAUAUUUGUAAAGCUGGCACUGAUUUUGUGAAUGAAUCUUUAUUGGGUCUCAAAUCAAAUAACCAAGGAGGAAAAAAUGAUGAGUUUUUAAUACAAAUACGCAGGUAUUGGGCGGUUACACACGGACGUGGAUGUCUUAAUACAUAUACGUGCAUACAUCAACGUGCAAACAACAACGUGCAUGGCGCUUUUGUACAGACGCUCGCACAAAACUGCAGUCUUGCUAUUCUUGCUACAGUGUUUCGAGUGUGCAUACAAAAUUGCACAUUCAAAAACGCGACGAUAUUUUGCAUACACAUUAAGGCGGUUACACACGGACGUGGAUGUCUGAAAACAUGUACGCACAUACAUGAACGCGCAAACAAAAACAUCAAUGUGUAUGCAAAAUAUCGUCGCGUUUUUGAAUGUGCAAUUUUGUAUGCACACUCGGAAUACUGUAGCAAGAAUAGCAAGACUGCAGUUUUGUGCGAGCGUCUGUACAAAGGCGCCAUGCACGUUGUUGUUUGCACGUUGAUGUAUGCACGUAUAUGUAUCAAGUCAUCCACGUCCGUGUGUAACCGCCCUAACAGCAAUUUUUUUAAAUUAAUUAUUCUGCCUGUACAUUUAUUUUAUUUUAGAGCCUACGAAUUAAUCCAUAAAAGAAUUAUCAAGCCUUGGCUUCAAAUAGACUCUUUGUAUGGAUACUCUUACAGUUAUCUGAAGCAAAAGGAAGCACAGGAUGUGAUACAUGGUUUUUUUUAUAAGGUUUUGAUUGAAACCAAAAAGAGCCACAGGCAUUUGGGACAAAAAGACAUUAGCUUUCGUACUAUUUUAGAACAACUGUUGGACAUUAGAGAUGAAAUUGCCGAUUUUGCUACAGACGAGGAAAUUAUUCACCAUCUAGUUACGUUAUAUUCGGCUAGUGAACACACUGUAACAAAUACAUGCUCUUUUACCUUGGUACUUUUGGGAAUGUAUCCAGACUAUCAGCAAAAAGUUGCAGAGGAAAUUCGAAACGUUGUCGGAUUUACAGAUGAUAUUCAAGAACAACAUCUAGAUAAAUUGGAUUAUCUAGAAAUGGUCAUCAAAGAAGUUUUAAGAUUAUUUCCGAUUGUGCCUUUUAUUGUCAGACAAGCUAAUCAAGAGACAGAGUUGGACAAGUUGAGUAUUCCUAAUGUUAGUUCUGUUAUGGUAUCCAUAUACAACAUCCAUAGAGAUCCAUCUCAAUGGGAAAAACCUAAUAACUUUUACCCUGAACAUUUUUUACCUCAGGCAAUCAAAAACAGACACCCUUACGCUUAUGUGCCUUUCAGUGCUGGAUUACGAGGUUGCAUUGGUAAACCAUUCGCUUAUAUGGCCAUAAAAAUAUUGCUCGUUUCCGUUCUUCAAAAAUACAUUAUUGAAGCUGAUGGUAACCUUCAGGAGAGAAAAUUAACAGCCGAUUUUAGUGUGAAGUUUAAAGAUAAAAUAUUUCCUCUUAGAAUUAAAAAUAGAGUUUAAAAUAUAU